AUGUCAAGAAGUAAUCAUCCACCUAUGUUGCACUUUCCAACUGAUCCGUUUACGGUACAUCACCGUUUACCGUCCAUUCUUCUAGACAGUUGGGAGUUCCGCAAGUUCGCAUCGGAGGGUUCUGUGUUACCCAACGCAUUGCUUUCUUGCGAUAUAGAUCAGGAUGAUGUGGAGGAGAUCAUCAUCGGGACCACAGAGGGCUAUCUGUUAGUCGUAAAGCCCAAUCUCCGUAUUUUCGACGUUGUUCAUACCAUGACCGCGACUAUUUCAAUAGUUAUGUUCUCUAAGGAGCUUCACCAAUUGAUAUUGGUAACCCUAGAAGGUCAAUGUGAGGUCUGGGACGAUUUUCUUGUCACAUUUCACAAUGUCAGCCCUAUUUGGGUUGAGAAGGACAACGAACACGCGAGUAAGACUCUUGUUGGUGUUGCAGAGUAUGAUUUAAAUAGGACGGAUAGGACUAGUAGUGAAAGCAAGCAACGGGAUAAUGACACUCAUAUGUUGUGCCGAUCCAAAAGGGCACAGAAGGCCUCCAAGGUAUUCCAUGUCCCCUCAAAUUGUAUGUGCGGUGACAUUGUGAUAGAAAGUGACGUGAGCCGGAUUUUCCUUGGCUCAUAUGAUUGCCAUUUGUACGUUUAUGAUCUUCUCUCUGGUGCAUGCGAGCUCUCUAUAUUCAUGCAUCACGCUGUCACAUCACUGAAGUGUUUUUCACUUCCAGUCGGGAUUGAUCCUAUGGUGGCCUCGCCUCUUUCUUCAGAAAUUGCGAAUGUGAUCAAUAAUGACUCAGAUUCUAAGGUUGGUGGAUCAUCUUUUCUAAAGGGACAAAGCAAUGCUCCAGGUACCGCUAGCAGUUUUCAUAGCGAUGGAUACGUAGAAGAAGAUCAGUUGCCUGAUUCAUCACGGCAUUUAUCAGUUCCACUUUUAUUUGUGGCAACCAUGCAUAGCCUUCUAUUGUUUCCUGCAUCCCUCAGCACACUGCGCAGUUAUCAGGACAAUAAAAACGAUUCAAACAAACCUCUUGUUCUUGCAGAUAAGUCCAUUAUGCAGCAUAACUUUAACUCAUGGUGUAGCCCACGACAACAGCAGGAAUUCACUAACACUGGAAUGUUUUUUAAAGACAAAUCUAGAAAGAAUUUUCGAGAGGACUCACGUGGAGAAAGUAAACAGACUGGAAGAGGUGAAAUCGAUAACGAGGGGAGGGAUGGACCUAGCGCACUAUCCCAUAUUAGAUCGUCGCGGUUGUCUCAAUCCAAGAGGCAUUCUAAUUCAUUACGCUACCCCACCAUUUCAUCUGUUAUUUCUUCAGAUUGUUGCCAAGGAACCCAGGUGUCUGGUCAUAGCAACACUAACAAGGAUAGCAGUGGUUGUAUAUUGAACGAUGAAAAUCUUAAAGUCAAUGAGGAAACUCCUGAGGCUUCGCCGAUCGAUGCUGCACCAUCGAUUGUUUUUAUUUACCCCCUUUGGUUUGUUGUCAUCCGUUGGCAUUUGUUUGAAUCACAGCAGAUACUCAGCUCUGAGGCGCUCUUUGGGCUUCCUGGGCAUUCACACCGAAGUCAUCUUCAAGGAACAGGAGCCCAUGCAACGGUUCAAACACAUUAUCCAGAAUCUUUCAAAUACGCACAUUGCGGCGAAAAAGGCAGAUCUUUUGAUUCGGAUUGUAACUCGUUUGUGUCCUUGUCCCCGUCCCACUCUUCUUCAUCUUUAGUUUACGGUACAAUGGAUUUAUCCGAAUUGGACGACGAUGAUAAUUUCAACAUGCACGUGGAGCAAGAGGUAUCUCAAACUUAUGCUUCUUCCUCGGCAAAGGACCAUCAAUACAUGUCGACGAUCCAGCAUGAACAUGACUUUUCUGAGAAUCACUCACAGCACGCUGACCCUAUAAACCCUGACUACGCUGACGUUCAAUAUUCAACAUAUCCGUUGCACUCCGAUAUUAAUACCCGUUCAUCAUUUCAAGGGUCACCUUCUCAUUCGGUGUACAGCCCCGAUCCAUCGCCGUCUUGCUAUACUGCUUCAGCUCCUCUAACUAAAGAAACUGAGGCGUCAUGCUGCCCCUCUCCCGAAGCAGCUGCGUCGGAAAGAAGCGUGCAUCCAACAUGGAUUCCCAAUCUUUCGGCCGCUCAGCUGUCGUACCCCUACCGCAGUAGGAUGGCUAAAAGCAUUCAUUCGCCUGUGUUUGUAGACGUAUCGGUUAAUAGUGGCUCUGUAAUUCUAGUAGCUGCCCGUGAAGACGGUCGUGUGUGUGUUUUACAACUUGCAAGUGACUAUCCCAAAGCGUUUCCGAUGACAGGUGAUACUGAACGGAGCAGCACCGGCUCAAACGAGCGUUUUUCGCCUUUUAUAAACAAAAAAGCUCAAAAGUCGAGCCGUCGUGUUGAGAUAUUACAACACAACCUGAGUCUACUGUCACUGGAUCCAAAACAUCAAGAAUGUCAACGAGCGGAGGGACAAACCCUGUCACGAAGGGCUCUUGCAUGUAAUAAAGUACAAAUACCCCUUUCCACUAAAAGGGUCGUCAACAUGACCACUAUUGGUAGUUCUGCUCACAUCCUCGGUUUGCCAUCGGCAUCCGCCACGCAGUCCGAUUUCAAAUUUAGUAAUUCCUCUUUAGCCGGGUACACUGGUAAAGUCCAUUCGCUUACAAUAGAGGAAGACCCCAGUCACCACACUGAGGUUGGAGGGCUGAAGGGAAGUCAGCUUUCGCAUCUGGAGUCUGACACCAGAGCUACACUACCUAACAUGACCGCACCGCAGGAACUUGGAGCACAGACGGAUAUUACACUUUCUGUUGAGUGUCUGUGGUCAGGGAUUCUAGAUAGCCCCUUGGUCCAGCGUGCUUCUGUUUUCCACAUCUCUGAAGAUGCGGUCCGUGUUGUACUCGUGACGGCUACCGGGAAAUGCUACACUAUCGACCCGACAACUGGUGCGGCGGUGGAGUGCUCCGUAUCUACGGACUGCACUUCCUUUAUUCCGAUCAAGGAACUGGUAAUGACAGCCUCAGAUGAAAAUUCUCAAGUAGCGGGACCACAUCAACUGGUAUUAUCUUCCUCUUCACUGCACGUUCCCUUAUCUCCUGUUUUUGUCGAUACAACCACCGCGUUGUCUCAUACGAUAUCAUCUUUUUCUUCAAAAAGGGCUCAUGGAGGCUUUUCUGAUGCAACAGGGCGUAUUGGAGGGAUGGGUAACAGUUCGCAUCACGUUAAGUCUAUGCGCGGUGCCUCUAGGUCUUUGAUCAGAAUUGUGUGUGUAAAUGUCGACGAAUUGUGCAUUUAUUCGACCAACGAGAUUCAUUGUGCUGAAACACAUCGUCCUCCGCAUUCAUUAUCAUCGCCACUAUCAAACAAAUUCUUAAGUAUGUCAGAGUUUGGAAAGAGUGGUGAGCAUCGAAACAUCGGAGGAAUCCUUCCCUGUUUACCACAACCAGGCUUCUCUUGCGUCCAGCAGAGUUUUAGCGAUUUAUUCUGCCACUCUUAUGGUAGAGAUGACGAGUUCAGGAACCUUUCCGACGAUACUGAUGAAGAAGAGCAUGCUUUGUUGUUGGAAUUGGGGAUAGCUUUGAAAGCGUUGGAUGCUAGAGAUGAUAAAUUAGAUAAACCUGAUAAUAUUAGUCAGGCUGAUAUUGCAGAUUCAGAGGAUCUCAUCUUUCAUGCGAGACAGGUAUUGACAAGGGGCUAUAACUCAGCGGAGUGGGUAGUUUUAAGCAAUCUAGAAAGAAACAUUUGA